UAUUCAGCAAAAUAUACACAUAGUAUACUACAACAGGGAGAGCUCGAGGGAUGAGGAUGGAAGUGCGAGAAAAAACAUGAUUCGUCCAAACUACUUUCAAGAAACGUCUCUACAAGCAUGUUUGUAAAAGAAGUGGUGACGAUUUUUGUCAUUUUGACAUGUUUGACUGAUAUUACGUGCGUAGCCUUGCCCCAUUCUAUUAGAAAAAAGGAUGUUGGAGCUGAAAAUGUGAGAAGUUCCAAAUCCAAGGACGCGGCGCCUAGUGAUGGAGGAAGACGGAGCGAGCGGAACAGCAGAAACCCAUCACCCCGCAUUUCCCCGCAAGAAUCGCUUGGCCCCGCCGCUAGGGGCCACGGCAUCGGUCAGAAGGCCAUUGGAAGACAGUCAUUACGACGUGAUAUCUUUGUUGAUUUCUAUGAAGCAAAGCAAGCCUCGCCGAGUUCAUACCAUCAUCAUGAUGAUAGCAUGGAUGAUGGUGAAGAAGAUCUGUGCUCACAGAAUGCAGACUGGUCUGUGGAUAAUGACUUCAUUAGUAUCCUCCUGACAGGCAAAUUGACUCAGAAUCACAGAAGGAAAACCAAACCGAGAAUGGUGGCUGGCCACAACUUCUUGGGUGCCCUUUAUAUACCAGUGACACAGCACGGGACAUUCCUGGAGGUAGGAACAGGGGUCACCAGUCUUUAUCUAUCUCAGCAAGACAAGAUGAACAGUUUGGUUGCUGCUGUUAUCACACCAGAGCCUCUGCGUGAUGAAUUGGUUCAAUUAUCGAGCUCCUACGAUGCUUUCAUUGGAAGUGUCUCAUCCAGAAACAUCAAAUCAUUGGUGAAAUACCUAGUCCAAGAUCCAGAGGUGUUCUUUGGUUCCAUAUUGCUGAGUAACUUGACGGCGUUAAUAGGAGAUAACUUGCCCCACGAGUUUGAGAAGCUCCUUGGGCAAGUUAUUCUAUUAGCCAAGGAGACCUACAUAGCUGCCCCUUCUACAGAUCCAUACACUUUAUCAUACAUGAAUACAUGGAACGAUGUUCAGAAUCUAGCUGAGAGGGCGUGCUAUUCUGUUGACGUGAUCUGUGCAAUCUCCGCCGUGCAAAUGGAUUCUUUGGAUCUACCCGCUCUUACGAAGGUCACACUUAUCGAAGGUCAACGACCUUUGACCAGGAAGUACUGCUGUGAUGGUUCUCAGGAGGAUUGUAGCAUGACAUACAGAACAGUGAACGGGACUGAGGAUGUAAUAAUUGGUGAUUCCUAUCAGGGGAAAGUCAGAUUUCAGAAAGCAGGUCUUCUCCUCAGCACCUUGCUCAAACUUAACCCCGUAGGAGCAAGUCUGGAGAAGCUAGUUGUUCCUCUGCUAGAGAUGGACUUUAAUUCAGAGAGACUAGCAAGGAAUAUUCUUAUUGCAAAUAAAAAAGUUGUAAUACAUUCAGAGUUACCCAGUUGCCAGCGAGCAGUUUUUGAGAAUGACAGAAUGCAGCAAGAAAGAUACAUUGCUGACAUUGUUGGGGGAUUGGAGGAAAAGAAGUCUACAGAAACCAUGCUCGGUAACAAGGAGGUGUCUUUGAAGGGAUAUCAGCAAGAGAAAAAGAAAAAUACAAAUGAUGCACAGGAGACAAACUGGGUGAAAAAUGAGAAGUCACCAGUGAUACAAUCGUAUCAGAGCAACGAUCAAAAUUUGGUCAUUAAUAUGCAUACCAAGUAUGCAAAUAUGGACAGUGCAAAUCAGAAUAUGCAUGCUGUGCAUGCAAAUGAGGGAUUGAAUAUGCAUAAUGAAUAUGCAAAUGAAGAUGGAGGGGAUAGUGAAAAACUCUAUGUUCAGGGAGACGAGAAGAGGCAAUCAGCGGAAGGUGUGGAGAAGAGUCAAAGUGCAAUAAUACACAACCAAAGAGCUUUCAAGAGUGUAGAUGAAUCGUUCAAGGUUCAUGAAGGCAAGGUACAAUUCACAGACAAUGAUUACGGACUUCAGCAGGCCGUCCAACCACACAUGGAUAUGAAUAAUGUGGGACUGCACAAGGAGAUGGACAAUGUUAACACAAAUAUGAAUGAUAUGGGACUGCAGAAUGGGCUGAACCUUGCAGACAGGAAUUUGAACAACGUGGGACUAAGCAAUGGUGUGCAGAUAAUGAAUCGUCGGAAGCGUGGUAGUGUAGGCUGGGACGGAGACGAUGAAGCAGAUCAGAGGCAGCUUGAGAGGCCAUUGGAGUGGGAGAGGGCCAGGGAGGAGUUGGACGGUUACCGAGGGGCGGGGCCGAUGAGGAGUCAGAUUGAUAUGGUGGCCGAUUUAUGGCAGCGAGAAAUUGAUGAUGGCGCCGAGGCUAAAAGAAACCCAGAAGUUCCAGGGAGCAAUUGGGACAGAGUGAUGGACGUUAGAUCAUCCAACGAUCAGGCCUCAUCCAAGCUUGUUGCCAUGGGAAACCUCCUCCUGACCAGAGAUGAAGGUGACCCUCCGGUCCAAGAAAGAGGAUGGGAUCAGGUCAAACAAGAGAGGCAAGAUGAAGGUAGAGCAGCACAUCAAGAGAGUGGUGUGGAAAGAAAGACAUCCAACAGAAGAAUCAAGGUGGAUGGCCAGGGAUCAUCAAGAAACAUGGCUGACCAGAGAAGUUUUGAAGAGAUGUCCAUCAACAGAGGUGCACAACCUGAUGUGGUAUUACCAGGAAAUGCGCAGAACAGGAAACGCUCCAAGAGUGCCAUUAGCGAUAAGUACGGAGCUGAUUUGAAAGCAGCAGACGCAAGCAUCCGCAAGAGCGAAGUGCCUGUCAAGGGCAUAGCGAAGCCCAAAAUAGGUGGCAGGUUUCCGAAGCAGAGGAGGAAAAAAUUCAGGCAGCCUUCAGAAAGCUUGCAGGGAAUUAUCAAAGAGGGGGAUCCAAAGAGUGUGGAUAAAGGAAUCAAUAGUAAACAAGCUUUGACACCAUCUGGUCCGACUGCUGCAAGAAAAGCCACAGAGGUAGCAGGAGAAGACGUUAUCCAAAAGAAGGACACAGUUCUGCAGAUGGAUCAUUACCAACAGAGACAUGUUUUGCAGUACUACGAUGACGAUGUUGCCUACAAUGUCAAAGGGGAGAUGGAGUCAAACGACAACACGCCGAUUGAAAUCCAACAGGAAAUCGAUGCUCGGCAGAAGAUGCUGGAGAUGGUUGCCGGGCAGCAAGAGCAAGGUGGAGAACCAACGUGGGAGGAGUUGGAGAGUAACGCUGAGGAGGAGAUUAAGGAGGAGGUCGGGGAGGAGAAUGGAGGCGGUGAUUACUAUUAUGAUGAGAUGAAAGAGGAUGUGAAGGGAAAGGACAUACCCCAAGAAGGGGAGGAAGGUUACCAUGGUAACGGAGCGGAUAAUGCAAUACAGGACGUGGGGAAGGACAAAGAGGAGGUGGAGGAUGGAUGGAGAGAAGGUUCAAGAAUCAGACAGGUGGGGGCAAAGGAGGGAGAAGAUGAGGACGAGGAUGAGGAGGAGGAUAUUGGGAAGAUUCUGGAGGAAAUGGAGAGUAUGAAAGAGACAGAAGGAGAAAAGAUGUUUGACUCCAUGUGGCAAGCUCUCAAAACUGUCUUUGAAGAGGAGCAGACGCAAGAAUUCAGCUUGAUGACAUAUGGGGGUAAAGAGCUGAGUUUGCUGAGUGCCAAAGUUUCCCGUUCAUUCCCCAAUGCAAGCAUCGUAACCAUCAUUCCAUCUAAGGAGGAUAGCCUCCUUAAAAACCACAGAAAGUUGCAGGAAUCCCUUCUUCUAACAAACAACAUCAUCGUCAAUGCGGAACUAUCAAACAAGGCCGUGUACAAGCUUUAUAAUCAGAUGGAGUAUUUCAAAUUCCAAGUCCUUGGCUUGGCAACAUUCCAGAAGCUCUUCUCGUACAGAGGUUCCUUCCCAUCAUUCCUUGGUCACGCUCUUUCUCUCGCUCAAACAACUUUCAUUGAAGUGCCUCAUCCAGUCACCUUAGCCUCCCUUCAAGUCUUACUACAUUCCACCGGCACGGAUGCCGCUGAGGACUCUUCGUACAGUUUGUACAAGGGAUUCUUGAGUGCAUCGUUAAAAGACGCUGGUGUCAUAGACUACACCAUUACAGUACUUGACAAUGUCUACCUCGAGAACCGUGCUAGGCUAGUCAGAGUGGACAUCUAUGCAUUCAAUAGACAGGUUUCCUUUGAUUGCCUUGGGUCUACUGCAUGGCUCAAACAAGACUCGUCUAAACCGAUCACCUUGAAUCCUCAUGGAUCAGCUGCUGCAGGGAAUUUCCCCAUUCAAAAAGUGGGCGGGGCAAUCCGACUUCAGUCCCUCCUGUCCCUCGGUCUCCAACCCCCUGAGAGAAAACUGUUAUUCAGGGAGUACCUGAAGCUGGCUGUGCACAACGACAUGUGCCCCAUGUCCAUCCUAUGGCAGAGGGGUAGACUCAUUUACAGGCCCAUCAUCGAUAAUACCAAUCCAGAAGAGCAUAUACCUUGUGCCAAUGAUAAGGAGGCACUUGUGGAGGUGCUGAUGAAACAGCUGGAAAGGAGGCCGUUCUCUUUCAUGGAAUACGGGAAAGGACAAGAUGGAUUGAGCAUGACAUUAUCUACCAAGCACCCCAACAGUACUUUCAUAUUCGUAACUGGGUCUGGAAAAGAGGCUAGAAGACGACAAGAUGAUCUCGUUCAGAGGAAUAUUACCAACGCUGUCGUUACCAGCAUCCUUGCUGAUAUGUCGUUUACAAGUAAUCUCUUAUCGAGUCCAGAUUUCAUGCGAUACCAGUAUGUUGGUGUUGAUCACCUGUUGAAUAUGAUGACCUUGAACCAGCGGGCUAUGAUGAAAGCUAUGUUUGGUGAUAUUGUAGCAUCUGGAGUUACGACCUUCUUCCAGAUGCCUUCUUCUCAGAUGAUCUCCUUGGCUGUAUCUACGCUUUUCCCUGAAGCUUUCUGUGAUGUCACUGAAAGAAAAGGAAUGGAUAUAUUCCAAGCAAGGAACCACCCUCUUCCUGUAUUUAGAAAUUUUGAGCUCAGUUUUUUGAAAAAGAACAUUGAACUACAAGCUGGACAGGUGAACUUAUCUGCUAGUGUGUUACACCCUGAAACAAACCAAGAUGGAUCUAAGCUAGGAUGGAGUAUGAUUCGAGUGGAUGUCAGACAGCUGUAUAUCAAGGUUGAUCAUCAUUUCAUGUAUAUCUUGGAUGGGCACAAGCGCAAGUACUCCUUACAUUGUACAUCGAACGAGACACACUAUGAGGUCUAUCUGGUUAGAGCACAUGAUGGUUUCAAGAUUCCCUAUCAAGAGGUCAAAGGUAUUUCACUGAUAGCCCUACUGCGGAUGGGGUUACUCCGAGAUGUCAAAGAAAACUUCUACAAUCAAUUCUUGAAGCUGCCGCUGUACGGUGACAUGGCUCCAUGGAAUAUAUUAUUUUCUGGAGGGAAGCUAGAGUACAUUGAUUAUGACACGAAGCAGAUGAUGUUUGACCAAGUAGCUCCUGCGGCAUAUCAGAUUAUGGCCAUGCUAAUGAACUAUCGAAGGACUGUACAUGACUUUGGACAUUGCCAAUUUGAUGGAAGGAACCCCUAUGGAUUUGAUCUCGUCUCCCACUGCGUUGGGAACGACUUCAAAGGACCGUGCCACGAUGAACGCUUUCCGGUUGCCUGUGCCGACCAGACCUGCCGUCCUAAUUAUAUCGAGUGUCUGAGGGUGCUAGGCGAGAUAGAGGAAAAACACAGUGGCUUAAAGGCAAUGGGCAUUGAUGCCCAAGGUUCGAGCAGAGACAUGCUGGAUGAGAACAUAUCCCCUUAUGAAGAUAAACCAAAUACAGAAGAAAGACUGGAGCUAUCUUUCAAAGCAUCAGGUGGGAAACGAAGGUAGUAUUGAUAUGAAAAGAAGGGAUCACCAGUCUGUGAUGAAGGAGAGAGUGGUACCAUUUAUUAGACUACACAGGGACAGGUAUUAAUGGAUGGUGAUUGUCAAGAGCAGUCUAUUAUGUGACACCAAUCUCAUUUUAAUCCACCCUGGUUGUUGUAAGUCCAGCAUACAUAGGAUGAGAUGGUACCAUCUUUUAAUCUACACUUUGGGACAUAAGGGUGGAUUAUGAUCACGUUAUAGUGAUCACCGGUCUGAGAAAGACGAGGAGGAAAUCUUCAUUUUUCAUAGUGCUUUAGAAUGGUGCUUCAGGUUAUUCAAGUCCUACUUUGUAUUACAUGUUGCAACAUGUCUUUGGAAGUUAAGUGCUUACCGAAGUGUGAUGUCAUCAAUUUUCAGCAUUUUGAUACCAUAUUUUGGAAGAGCAUGAUGAAAUGCCUUCACUACCAAAAUUUGGUGCAAAGUCAGUCUAUUAUUGGCCUGGUUCCUGACUUUUAGAACGAGGCCAAUAAUACAUUGACUUUAAAUAGAGCUAAUUAUGUAUUCAGGAGAUCAUAUCUCAGGCCCCCAUUUACCGAUUCGCACCAAAUUUUGGUAGUGGAGCUGUAUAUAAGAUAAUAACGGUAUAUUUACCUAGGGUAGCCCCUUCAGUUCCGAAAACUGUUCUCCCAGCGGGCCCUGCUAUUAUUACCCGGCUACAUGUAAGCUUGGCUACUGAUUGAGGUGCACACAGCUUUUUGAGGAAUUAUUUCCUGCCGGUACCCAUGUACCUCACCUGGGUUGAGUGCAGCACAGUGUUGAUAAAUUUCUUGCUGAAGGAAAAACAUGCCACGGCAAGGAUUCGAACCCACAACACUCUGUUUAAAAGGGGAGAGUGAGAACCACUUGACCACGACGUGCCCAUAUUUCAUCAUGCCCUACCAAAAUAUGGUACCGCUAUAAAAAAUGCUGAAAUGCAAAAAAAGUUUGUUUUGACGUCAUCACUUCAGUACUCUGUAGAUGUACACUGUUCUAACAGAAACCUGUACAAAUGCACUGUAUUUAUUAUGAAUACUUUGGGUCUUAAUAGAGUUCAUGAAGUAACUCUUCUUGUAUCAUGACCCUCCUCAUAGUGAUUGCUUAGUUGUUCUGUAUUGUUGUGACAUCAGAGCAGUUCUAGCUUUAAUCUGUGGAUUGAAAUGGCUCAUUUGAUAAAGAAAUAGGAGGAUUUAGAGGUGAUAUUCCUAUGACGAUAACGUGCUCAUUGAUCAUAGGUUUCUGAUGUAUUAUAGAAUGAAAAUUGCAUCCUGGAUUUUCAAGGUUGUUAUUAGCCAUUCCCGAUGUUAUUUUUCAUUCCUGUACAUAUUGUACAUCAUUUUUUAUGCUGAGCAAAUAAAUUAAUUGAAUUGAAUAAAUAAAUAUAUAUAUUAAUAAAAAAAUUCAUUUUAUGAGAAAUCCCAUUGUUGCCUUUGUCCAUUUGAUAAUGGAAAUAGCUGAAAUUUAUAAAUAUUCUAAUUCAAUACAUCCAUCGGAAAUAACCUUACCGGGAUACCAUGUUUUAAGCAUUUUUAUACAAUUUGAAAGAUAACUUGAAAGGCUUACUUACAGUCAACCAUUUUUAAGGUGACAUGCCAGAUAACAUACUUUUUUACAAAAAAUUGUUGUGUUGUGUACAGAAUGUGUAUUACUCUGCAUGAUACAUGAUAUCGCCAUUUUACAUGUAAUUUAUUCAUGCAAUCUCUAUAUUGUUUGUCAAAGUGGCAUUGUAUUUGUUUGUACUUUUUAACUUGAUAAACAUGACCUUUCCUAAUUGUGUAGGGUGCCAAAUCAAGGUUUUUGACAUACCCUGUACAUGUUGUACAGAGCCCUCUUGUUAUCAUAGUAAAUGCUUGAAAUCAAUAUUGUGUUUGACCAAUGAAAUCGUGGGAUUUCCGUAGCUUAUAACGGUGAUUCACGAUGUGUCAUCGGAAUAAUAAUAAUAAUAAUAAUACAUUGUAUUUAUAUAGCGCUUAAUACGUGAUGUUUCUAAGCGCUUUACAAAACAAUUAAGUAACAUACAUCAAUAACAUUGCACAGUUAACAUACAAGAAAGGAAAUGUACAGUGUAAAGUAUUUUCAUAUGACAAAUUACAAAUUAUAAAUAGGUGUUCUUAUUAUGAUAGAGCUAAACCACCAUUACUAUUUCAUGCAUUAUUUUGCAAAAAGCUUUAUGGAUUGCUCCCACCCCUCCCCUUAUGUGUAGUAAUACUCUUUCUAUCGGUCAGCUGUUCUAAGUUUGUUAUAUCAAUUAAUCACAUAAAGUACUAUUAAAGUAAUGUACUAGUAGAAGUAUAUAGCUGUAGCGCAAUGUUAUAAACUUGUGAACUCGAUGACGAAGCCAGAUAUAGUAUGCAUGAGAUGAUUUUUCAAAGCUGGUGAAUUUGUAACUAUUCAAUUGUAUUUUCUUACUCUCAUUGUCAGGCUCUCUUUCCAAACUGUCGAUAUCUUUAAUAUAUGUUCUUGUAUAUUCUAUUUCUCAGGUAUUCAUAGUCAUUUUCAAAGUACUGAAUGGAUGUCUUACGCAAGUCAUGUGAUAUUGUGUGUAUUAAUUUAUCAUAGAGUAUUGUGCAUAAUGUAUUUUAUGUAGAUAUAUAUCAUUGUAGUGGUACAAUUUAGUAAAUGAUUUGGCAGUUUGUACAUGUAUUUCUUUUUCUUUGUCAGUGUAGGUAUGUUAAUUCAAGGUCACAUCAUAUUCAUGGUGAUUUAAAGUUGUAAGUCAUCUUCAAAUGUAUGAGUUCUUAUAGCAAUAAUAACUUUCUGUAGAAAUCACAGAUAUUUACUUUAUAUUGUAGUAUUAUCAAAACUAUCACUAGAAUCACUCUAAAACAGAAACCAACAUAUAUGUAUGCAGAGCAAAUAUAUACACACGUUUGACUUUUAUAUUACUCUAUUUGCACACAGGCAGCAUUAUGUUUCAUUAUUUGGAUUUAAUAUAUUAUUCUUAUAUAUGCAAAUAUGAUUUUACAUGUAUUUUCUAUGAAGAUUGAUUUUUAGCAAUAAUCCUUUUAAAGGGCAUGAUCAUUUCGUCAUAUGUGAUUGCUUGAAAAUAUUCUUUCCAAUUUUUGUUGCAAAUAUGGAUAUUUUCCUCAUUUCCUUUUACUCAGGUGUAUAUCUACUGUUCUGUCAGAGCUCUGGGAUGUUUUCUAGUCUACUUCAAGAGCAUUUUAUCUUUUGUUAAUCACACAU